AUGUCAACAGAGACAGAGCUACAGCCAGCGGUCAGGCCCAGCAGUGUCAGACGGGACUCCAAGAGAAAAGGGCAGGAUCGCAGCGAGGCGGCUCUCAUCAGGCGUUUUAAGGGCGAUGGCGUCCGCUACAAGGCCAAGCUCAUCGGCCUGGAUGAGGUCACCGCAGCCCGUGGAGACAAACUCUGCCAGGACUCAAUGAUGAAGCUCAAGGGUAUAGCUGCAGCGGCGAGGUCUAAAGGAGAACACAAACAGAAAGUGUUUCUGACUGUUUCCUUUGGAGGGAUCAAGAUCUUUGAUGAGAAGUCAGGGGUCCUCCAACACCACCAUGCGGUCCACGAGAUCUCCUACAUUGCCAAGGACAUCACGGACCACAGAGCCUUUGGCUACGUAUGCGGGAAGGAAGGGAACCACCGCUUCGUAGCUAUCAAGACUGCACAGUCGGCUGAGCCUGUGAUUCUGGACCUGCGGGACCUGUUCCAGCUCAUCUAUGAGAUAAAGCAGCGAGAGGAGAUGGAGAAGAAGGCCCAGAAAGACAAGCAGUGUGAGCAGGCGGUCUACCAGACAAUACUGGAGGAGGAUCUGGAGGACCCAGUCUACCAGAACGGACAGCAAAACACCUCCCACCAUCAUCAUCAUCAUCAUCAACAACAACAUCAUCAUUUUCAUGAUCAACCCCUCCAACAAGGAAAAACUUCAGAGGCAAAUCUGAUAGACUUAGACCUGGGAAUGGUGACUCAGAAUAUCAACCAAUUAGAGAUUUUCGGAGACAUGUCCACACCACCUGACAUCACUUCUCCAUCGACUCCCGCCUCUCCAGCCAACACCCUCGACCCGUCGCAGGGCCUGCAGCCUCCCACAGAACUAUUUGCUCCCUUCAAUCCUGCGUCUGUGCCCUCAGGUUAUGUGACGAUGGGAGCAGUCCCACCUGGCCACUGGUCCCAGCAGGCAUUUGCAGCCCAAACACCACUGGCCUUCGGGGUCCAAUCUCCUCUCGGCCCAGUAGCCCAAGUGCUGCCAGGUGGCCAGCCUCUCAUCUGGGGUCAGGCCAACAUCUUCCCUGCCACCCAGCAGCAGUGGGCAGCAAUGGCAGCCGGAGCCUUCCCCCCCACAGCCUACCUCCCUGCCCAACCUGUGGGCACCCUGCCCGCUGCCAUGUUCCAGACUCUCGCCCCCGUCACCACUGUGACUCCAGCCGGCGAGAGCCAUUUAGGUGCAGGAGCCAGCGCCUCAGCUCCCUCUCCUUCGGCGUCGUCGAGUCCACAACACGGGGAGCGGGCAAAGAAGUUAGGCAAGGAGAUGUUCAAGGAUUUUCAGCUGGCAAAGCCUCCGGCCAUGCCAUCAAAGAAGGGUGAACAGCCCAACUUAGCAGGAACCUCAGAUGCAUUCAGCACUUACUUCAGCCGUGUGGGCACUGCCCAGGACACGGACGACUGUGACGACUUUGACAUUUCCCAAAUGAAUCUGACACCAGUCACCUCCACAACACCAUCCACCAACUCACCACCCACCCCAGCUCCCAGGCAGAGCUCCCCCUCCAAGUCCUCCGCCUCCCAUGUCAGUGACCCCCCCACCGACGCCACAGAUCCCCCCACAGACGACUCGUUCGGGGAAGCAGAGGGCAGCCCUAGCCGCAGUGGAGAGGAAGAUGCUGCAUGUGGCUCUGGGUCGCCCUGCCCCAGUGAGACAGCUGAGCCCAGCCCAGAACAGGCCAGUCCAGAGGCUGGGAGCUAG